AUGUCGCGGAUAACAGAGUGGCGUAAGUUGCCGGUUUCAUUGAAUGAACUUUGUAUCGCAACCACCCUUCGAUGCGGCCAGUCAUUCCGAUGGCGGCAAUGCGACGACCAAACCUGGACGUGCACGCUUCGCGGGCGGAUUGUACAACUGUCGCAGGAUAAUUCGCAUUUACAUUAUCGAUCAAUAUGGCCGACGGCCUUUGAAGCACCUUUAACUCCUCCAUCGUCUAUCCCGCCCACCGUUGACGAGGACAGUGAGACCGACGAUACGAAAAGCUUGAUCACCCACUACCUGAACCUCGAACCGAACCUAGAAACAUUAUAUGCGGAAUGGUCCAGGUCGGACCCAAACUUCAAGAAGAAGGCGCCCAAGUUCACCGGCGUCAGGAUCUUGCGGCAGGAUGCCUGGGAAGCCCUGAUCGGGUUCAUCUGCAGUAGCAACAACAACAUUGUGCGCAUUUCGCAAAUGGUGGACAAAUUAUGCACACAUUAUGGAAAAUAUAUUGCAACUCUGGACGGUCGGCCCUACCAUGACUUCCCAGACCCGUCUGCUCUGACCGGUAUAAACGUCGAGGCACAUUUGAGAGAACUGGGAUUCGGCUAUCGCGCAAAAUACAUAGCUCGGACGGCCAAUAUGGUGGCCGAAGCGCGCGAACGUGGCUGGCUCGACAGUCUGCGCAACCCGGAGAGUCCUGCAUACGGCCAUAGUGCAUCACCUGGCGGUAUGAUGAAGCCGGAAGGCAGAGACGGCUACCGCGAAGCCCACCAAAGCCUGCUCGAGCUACAGGGCGUGGGGCCCAAAGUUGCCGACUGCGUCUGUCUCAUGGGACUGGGUUGGGGCGAGGCUGUGCCGGUAGACACGCACGUCUGGCAGAUAGCGCAGCGCGACUACAAGUUUGGAAGAGGGAAACAUAGCAGCCUGACCAAAGCGACCUACGAUGCUGUAGCCAACCACUUCCGCAAGUUGUGGGGCAAAGAGGCUGGUUGGGCGCACAGCGUUCUCUUCACAGCUGAUCUCCGGACAUUCGCUGAACGGCUGACCGUCAAGGUCGACACAACCGUGGAUGGAGGCACCCUGAAAUCAGGCGAGCCGGAAGUUCGCCAAAAGGAGAUUGUGCAGCGAGCUGCCGUGAAGCGAGAGCUCGACCAAGAUGAAUCGAAAGCAGUGGUGAAGAUGGAAGAAGUGGUGAUGAGUAGCUCCGAGCGGGUGAAGCGCCCCCGGCGGAAAUGA